GUGUUACUAUCAUUCGAUGGGAAUCAUUAUUGUUAAAAAGGUCACUAGUCUUCACACAAUAAAAUGUAUAUUUUCGCAGUAAUUGCUACGUUGAUGGCAUCAUCUUGUAGUGGCAGUGAAAGUCCAGCUGAUUCUAAAAAUAUAUGCGUCCAGAGAAAUGGGUACUUAAAAGUAUCAGGACACUGCGAUUCUUAUGUCGAAUGUAAAGAAUUCGAGGCAGUUCAAAUGAUGUGCCCUGAUGGUCUUCACUAUGAUCCAUCCGUACAAUGGCCUAAUUAUCCAUGUGGCUAUCCUUCUGAUGUCCAGUGUAACGAUCGUGGCGAUGCCCAACCAGCUGAUCCAACGUCUGACUGUCCCCAUCAGUAUGGGUUCUUCCCGUCUCCAUUGACAACACCCACGGAUUGUGGCCACUACCGCCAGUGCGUGGCUGGCCAGCCUCAUGAGAUGCUGUGUCCUAGUGGCUUGGCGUUCAACCCUUCUACUAGCCGUUGCGAUUGGGCUGACCUUGUAUCAACCUGUAAUGUUCCAGAGUUUCUUGGUUUCAAGUGUCCUCCAGCAACAUAUGACGAAAGCAAAGUUCCCGUUGAAACUAACCACAAAUUUGAGGGUCAUUGCUACUCUUUCUACUCAUGUUCUGCUGGACUUCCUCGCCUGCUCUCAUGUGAUGCUGGAUUUGCUUUCGAUCCAGCUGUUGCCCGAUGCGUGGAUGCCGACAAAGUGGAUUGUUCAAGAAAUCGCACAGAACAACCUCCGUUAAGCAUUCAUUUACAACCACAAGAUAAAGCUUCCGAGAAAUCAUAAUUUCGUACAAGUACAAAUUAAUAUUAAAAAUUUACUCAAUUAAUAUUUUUUAAUUCAAUUUAUAACUUGCGGUAUCAUAACAAAAUAUUUAGAUACAAAAAGUCUACAAGACCUGAACAUCUGUAACGUCAAUUAUAUAGUCUAACUAGCUGACCCUACAGACGUUGUUCUGUACAUAACAAUAAACAAAAUAUUGUUUUUUUAUGAAUUUGUCAAUAAUUUUUUAUAACAUCAAGAAUUUUUUCAUGACCUAUAAUCCUUGUUGUUCAGCAGAACUGUCAAACCGUGCGUCAAUUAAUUCUCUCACAGAAAAUAUGUCCAUAUAAAACAAAUAUUUAAAUAAGAAUCAUAUGGGUUCCAAAUCGAAAUAAAAAGUAUCCUAUCUCUCAAUUUGGACUAAACUCCACUCCAUGAAGUAAUCCCCAUUUAAAUCCGUUCAUUAGUUUAGGAGUCCUUGAAACCUUUUACAUAAAGGCUUAACGACUCCUUAAUUAUGUUACUGUAAAAGAGCCUGAGCUUAAAUUAAUCAAUUCGCAUAAAUUCUGAGAUUUACCAACUCUUAAUGGUAAGUAUUUACAUUUUAUGAAUAAAUAUCCUUAGAGUUCAUUUUCAAAACUCCCGCCGUUAGUAAUGUGCAACCACAGAAAAUUCAACCUAAAGACAACGCGCUACUGUUUAGCAGUGACACUGCAUAACAGCCGGCCCCGCCCCUUUUCGCUUCUUAGUAGGCCGCCGAGAGUCACAGUGAUAACAAUGUGUUACCGAGUAUAAUGUCGUAUUGUUCUAGCCUCACGAAAGAACACGGCAUUACAUUUCACAGGUGAAUCAUUCGGGGGCGUGCAUUGGUUUUCUAGCAAGGUAGGCACUGCAGGUAUAAGUAGUCGUAGUUGCGCUUUACUCCUGCUACAGUGAAAUUAGCCCAAAAUAACAUUGAUAGUCCGGAGCUUCUUAGCAAAAUUAAUCUUAAUGUUCCUACUCGUAGUCUUCGGAAACCGGCUUUGUGUAGCAUUACAGCCACACUAACUACCGGAAAAAGAGCUUAACCAUGAUGACCGUUUUGACCUCCUUACUUGUAGUCCUCGUGUAGCUAAGAAUGUGCUUGCCAAAGACAGUGACGAUGUAAGUCUAAUAUAAAAAAAAGAAGCACUUAAUCUCAUAAGUUAGAACAUAUUUUGUAUUACAGUAUUGUUUGUGUUAUAUAUUAAUCUGAGCUUAAGCAAUUUAAAAACAUAUGUGGAAGCUUGUAAUUAGCAUUUAUUAAUCUAUUUGUUGUGAAAAAUUUGUAAAAAUAGCUGUAAGUUUCCCAAGUGAAAUAAAAAUAAAAUAAAAAAAAGUACGAGUACUACAGUACGACAUAAGUUGUAUGAAACGCUGAUUGCUUCGUAUAUGCAAUCUGUAGACUGCCUGCCGUAAGUAGUAGGUAAAUUAACUUUAACACUAGUGCUAUAUUUAUUUAGGUUUAUAGCCUAAAUGAUGUGCACGCCCCUGAAAUCAUUAUUCCAUCAUUAAUCAUUGAAAUAAUUAAUUACCUAAACAUACAAUAUAUAAAAAGAGUUCGCGUUGAUGUAUUUGUUCACAUUCAGAAAGGACAUUCUUAGAUAAAUUCACAUAACAUUAUCUCGCUUUGUCGUUGGCGCGUCUAAACUAAUGAUGAGACACAAUGUACACAUAAAAAAUACGUUUAUUGACAAGUUAUAUAAUGCGAUUUGACAUUGGUACUAUCUAUUAUUGUCAGACUAUUAAAGGGAGGGUAGUGUUUCCCAAUAUGGAAGUAUAUAUGUAUGAGGGUAUGUAGGUAUUUUGUCUCCUUAUUCUUUAUACAGACUUUAGUUUGAUUAUGAAAACGUGUACAUGAAAUUGAUAAAUAUAAUGAUAUGCGCCUGGCUUAUUUAACAAACGAAAGAAACGGAAUCAUUAAUUCCGUAUUGUUUAAACUCUUCUUAUUAUUAUUGAAUAAUAAGAAGAGAUCAUCGGGCACAGUAUUACCACCACGCGUAUUUCUGCAACAAAACAGAAGAUUUCUGCCAUAAGAGGGUUAUUUAGACUGGAGAGUUAAUUACCAACGAAGCUUUGUUUUGUGAGCGAUGUUUCAGUGUUUACUUUGAUUUACACGAGUGAUGCGCAUUUAUAUAAAACACUUUUUGAUGCAUUAAAAUGCGUGUGAUGCGCUGAGAUGGUUUGGUCAUGUCGGGAGAAUGAAUGAAGAACGAUUGACGAAAAAAGUGUAUAAGGCCAGUGUGAAUGAAAGUGUUGGAAGAGGUAGACCUAGGCGGACGUUGGACGUAGUCUUGAAAAAAGGCCAGGUCAAGUGUACCCCAAACCGAAGAGCAUGUAUGAAAAGAAUAAUGAAAGUGGACGAAGCGAAACAAGUAUGUACGGAUCGUAGCAAGUGGAAAGAAGUGAUCUCUGCCUACCCCUACGGGAAAGAGGCGUGAUUAUAUGUAAAAUUAAAAUGCGUGUAAUUGUAACUGUGCUUUUACAUUAGUCGUCGUAAAAAUGUAAUUAAAACCGCAGUCCUCCCUAAAAACGUGUUCUGAAAAGGUCAUGAAACGUCGGGCUAGCUAAAACAAUAAUAAAAACUUUUAAUCAUUUAA